AUGAAGCUCCUGCCCAAGUCUGUGACCAUCUCCAGUGGAAAUUCUAGCCUUGUCAAGAUGCUCAGCAAGACUUCUGCCACAUAUGCUCAAAAACUGUCGCGCAGGUGCACAUCAAAGCAAAGCCUGGAUUCUUACCACUCGAGGCAUUUUUCUUUUCAGUCAAAUUCGAAGCUGAAGCUAGUCAGGAGCCUGGCUGUGUGUGAAGAAUCCUCUAACCCCUUUGUUGAUGGGCCAUUGGAGACCCAGGAUAUCAUACAGUUGCACAUCAGUUGCCCCUCAGACAAGGAAGAUGAGAAGUCUGCGAAAGAAGGUCCCGAGAAAGAAGAAAAAGAGAAGAAUAAGGAGAAGGCCCCCAAGAAAAUGCUGUCCAGAGAUUCUAGCCAGGAAUACACGGACUCCACUGGAAUAGAUUUGCAUGAAUUUUUAGUAAAUACACUGAAGAAAAAUCCAAGGGAUAGAAUGAUGCUGCUAAAAUUAGAACAGGAAAUCUUGGAAUUUAUUAAUGAUAACAACAAUCAGUUCAAGAAGUUUCCCCAAAUGACCUCAUACCACAGAAUGCUUUUACAUCGGGUAGCUGCCUACUUCGGCAUGGACCACAAUGUAGACCAAACUGGGAAAGCUGUCAUUAUCAACAAGACCAGUAAUACAAGAAUCCCUGAACAGAGGUUCUCAGAACACAUCAAAGACGAGAAGAGCUCUGAGUUUCCGCAGAGGUUCAUCCUAAAGCGAGACGACACCAGCAUGGAUCGAGAUGAUAAUCAGAUCAGAAUCCCAUUGCAGGAUGGACGGAGGAGCAAAUCCAUAGAAGAGCGAGAAGAGGAAUAUCAGAGGGUUCGAGAACGCAUAUUUGCACGAGAGUCGGGCCAGAACGGAUUCCUGAACGAUAGCAGACUCUCCAAAGAAGGCUUUUCUUCUAGCUCUCACAAAAGGCGGCAGAUCUUUAGGUACCUCUGUCUGUCGCUCAGUACGCCAGAAGCAUGCAGUCAAGUCUCCACUGCUCAGCCUGGCCGAGGUAUUUUGCCAUGUGCUGCUCAGCAACAGCAGCAGCACCAACCGCUUCCACCCGCACCCCAGCAACAGCCGACGAUGAGUAAUCACAUCAUAUCACAGCCGGUCCCAGCUCUGCAGCCCUCUCCGCAGCCUGUUCAGUACUCUCCAAGCUCCUGCCCCCAAGUUCUCCUGCCAGUUUCUCCACCCCAGCAGUACAACAUGGCCGAGGAGCUCAACAGCCCCUUCGGGCAGAUCAGCCUCAGCCGCCAGGGCUCCACAGAGGCGCCGGACCCUUCCUCUGCCAUCUUCCAGCCGCCGCUCAUGCCCCAGCAUCCUCAGCAGACAGGAUUCAUCAUGGCUUCCCCAGGGCAGCCGAUCACUGCCUCCAACUACUCUGCCUCGGGACACACGGCGCCAGCCCAGCAGGUCCUGCAGCCCCAGAGCUAUAUGCAGCCCCCCCAGCAAAUUCAGGUUUCUUACUACCCUCCCGGGCAGUACCCAAACUCCAGCCAGCAAUACCGACCUCUCUCUCACCCGGUGGCCUAUAGCCCGCAGCGCAGCCAACAGCUGCCUCAGCAGUCACAGCAGCCUGGUUUACAGCCAAUCAUGUCCAACCAGCAGCAGACAUACCAAGGUAUAAUAGGAGUGCAGCAACCCCAGGGCCAAAGUCUCCUCAGCAACCAGCGCGGCAACAUGGGGGGCCAGAUGCAAAGCAUGAUGAGUGUGCAGCCGUCUCAAAGCCAGGGCCUCCUCAACAACCAGCGAGGAAACAUGGGCAGCCAGAUGCAAGGCCUGAUGGUCCAGUACACUCCACUGCCUUCAUAUCAAGUUCCAGUGGCUAACGAGUCUCAGGGCGUGGUCCAACAGCCCUUUCAACAGCCCGUGCUGGUACCAGCAAACCAGUCUGUUCAAGGAGGACUGCAAGCUGGAGGCAUGCCUGUCUAUUACAGCGUAAUCCCACCCACCCAGCAGAAUGGCACCAGCCCCUCAGUUAGCUUCCUGCAGGCUCCUGGGACUGAACAGUACCAGAUGCCCCAGUCCCCUUCGCCCUGCAGCCCACCACAGAUGCAGCAGCAGUAUUCAGGUAAGGCUGGUUCCCCCACUAUUUGGGCAGGACCCACCCCGGCCUCUCUGCUCCUUCUUCCGCCCACUUGGGCCUCCUGGAGCGACCGGCGCGGCAGCGUUCAUGCAGGCGCCCUCUGCUUGAGACGCCUCUGCAUCCCUUUCCGGGCGGACAGAGGACACAGCCUUCGAUGCGGGCGCUACGCGGAAACGCCGGACCCGGGUAUUUCAGGCGGACGCUCAUGA